AUGAAGAGCUCAUCAAAAUAUAUUCUAUGCAGUAUUGUUCUAUUGCUUGGGUCAGCAAAUGGGGAAAGGAGCUAUGAUAAUGGUAGCAGAAGGGGCGGUUUUUCUUCUUCCUGGAACCACAACAUUGAAUCAUAUCUGUUGGGAAGGUCAGAAGAUUCAGUCACAACGGUAACGACGCAGAAACAAAAGCUUCGUCGAAGAAAUAAGACGGAGCAACAACAACAAAAAUCUUUUUACGAAGUGAUUGGAAAACGAAGAGUUCUGAAAUCAUCGAAACGAAGUUCAAGCUUCUCCUCCUCCAAGAGUUCCAAAAAGAGCAAACGUUCGGCCCAUCAUCACCCAAUGCAAAAGAUCACAACAACAGCCACAACACCUAGACCAGCAACAGCAAGACCAACGUCACAACCGACACCUCCUGCUACACCAACACCAACUGCUGUAGCUGACGAUGAUGAUGCAGAAGCAGGCGAUGGUACUUCAAUAACGUUUGGACCCGGAGAGAUAAGGUACCCACUAGUGGAUGAAGAGGAGACCAAAUAUGGAAUUGGGGUCCACUCAAAAGCUCCAACAGUCGAUGAUGCCAGUCAAGCAGCGACGCUAGUUCCGCAACCAUUACCGACUGCGCCGCCGACGCAUCAUCCACUACUGAAACCACUCGAUCGUAUUGACGCCUUUACAAAGUUUGCGCCAACUGUUUCUCCAGAGAGAGAUACCACAACGACACUGUCACCGACAGUCUAUCUAUUCCGAGAUCGAAACCAUCACGCAGCAUUUCAAACUGAAAGUCUGAAUUUUGAAAAAGAUCCUUUUGUGGGCAAAAUGAUGGCAAUGGGAGACAAUGGUGGUGUAGAUCCUGACGAUCACCAGUCUUUCGAGGAUAAUCCAUCAGUUCUAGUGUUGCUCGGGAAUGAAGACGAGACCAGUGAUAAUCCCGCCGAAAUGCCAUCCAACACAGAGAUACUAUCCGGGUCAUCACACAACAGCAGCAGCUGUCGGAGUUCACUUUGCUCGGCCCGCACCGUGUCCAAUCAGAACCAUUAUUGCUGUAACCCAGCCGAGUGUUUACAAAAAGAGGUUAUUGAUCCCGCUCCAUCCUUUCGGUUUGGAGAUUGGAAGACUACGGUAUAUACCAACCUGACCAUGCUAUAUUUUGUAGAUGUCUUUGGAUACACCGAAACCACAUGGGAUAUGCCUGGGACAAAUCCUAUCGAACACCUUUCAUUCUUGGAUAUUCACGAUCAAGAGCUACUCGCUUACAUGGGAAUGUCAUCGUUCCAAUACGAUUGUUGGAUCAAUCACUAUCAGUCAUACUCGUGGAACGAACUCGAAUGUUACGGGUUGGCGGCUGAAUAUACAACUCUAGGUUGGGAUGCCGACUCUUGGGGGAGUAUUCAUUCGACAAAAUGGACUCUGAAGGAAGAAAAAGAAUGGGGUGAUCUCACUCCCGCUGAGCAAGAUGCCGCUCGAAGCCUCUGCUACUUUCCGGAACUUUGGAACGGGACACCCCUUGGCGAUUGGAACGAAGGCUGGUUGGAUGGAGCAAAGAAUCAUGACCGAGCAUAUGCUAGUCAGCCGGAAACAGAAGUCGAGGUUGGCGGUAGCGUCUCGCCAACACCUAAACCCUCCGACCAGCCAACUUUGUCACCUUCAAUGGCAUUGUACAGCAGCGAUUCCGACGAGCCAUCCUCAGGUCCAACCACGAAAGAAACAGAGUCAAUGGCUCCUUCCGACAUGGACUCUGACAUGCCAUCCACAUUUCCAAUCACGAUAGCAUCCAUGCCUCCAUCCGAAUUGGCAUCAGAAGGUCCAUCUUCCUACUCUGCUUCUCCUACUAUCGAAAGUAUUGAAAGCAUCAACAGUGAUGAUUCUUGCUUGAGCUCAGCCUGUUCCAUUCGCACGCCAGGAAACGAGGGGCAGUUUUGCUGCGGUGCGGAUACCUGUGACCGAAAAUCAAUUGUAUUGCCAAUACCAACAUUCCGGUGGAAUAGUUGGGAUGCGCUGGAUGACUCCCUUCGGAGCGCAGCUCGGGAUCUUGGAUACACAGAGGACCUCUGGAACCAUCCUGGAGCCUAUGAAUUGGAACGUUGGUCGUUCGGAUUCCUGUCUACUUCAAACCAACAAAAGAUUAUGGAUCUAGGAUUCACUCCUCAAACAUGGGACUGCUGGCAAAAUCAUUAUCAAGACUACAGAUGGGAAGAGUUGAGUUGCUUCGGUCUGGUGUGGGCCGCGGAAGCAUUGGGAUGGGAAGGAACCACCUGGUCCAACGAUACUGCACCUCUCGUGGUCCAAAAAGACUGGUCGUCACUGUCGUCUCAAGAGCGAUCAGCUGCUAGAGAACUAUGCUACUUGCCAGCUUUAUGGGAGCACGCACCACUCGACGAAUGGGAUGACUAG